GACGAGUUGCUUCGUGAAGCUGUUCGACAGCACGGAGUACGGCGCUGGGAGUUCGUGGCCUCGGCGGUGCCGAACCGCUCAGAGGAGUCUUGUUCAGCCCGCUGGGAGGAGCUGCAGAGUCUUGGAGUGUCUCUGACCCGCCAACCGUGGACGGCCCAAGAGGACGGGUUCCUCAGCACGUUCGUCUACUGCGAAGGAGCGGGCCACUGGACGAUGGUGGCGUCAUUUCUGCCCGGCCGCACCGCCAAGCAGUGCCGCGAGCGGUGGCACAAUCAGCUGGACCCGGCGAUCAAGCGCGAGGCCUGGUCGGCUGACGAAGACGCGCUGCUGGUGACGCUGCAGCGCAAGCUGGGCAACGCGUGGUCGCGGAUGGCGGCGUAUCUGCCUGGCCGCACGGACAACGCCAUCAAGAACCGCUGGCACUCG